AUGGCGUACUUGGCAGUAGCCUCAUCUACUACUUCACUUGUCUUUUCUUCUUCCUUCUCCUCCUCUCAUCUCUUCAUCAGAACACUCGCUCUAACGUCCGCUUCAUCACCACCUCGUCUUUUUUCCACCACUGCAGUACCUCUCCGCAGCCUCAUGGCUCACGCCACUCUCGGCUUCACUCACCCCGUCAUCAAUGAAACCCCCAAGCUCUCGUUUACGGCGAAGGAUACUGACGUGGCGGAAUGGAAAGGAGACCUAUUAGCCGUUGCCGUGACGGAAAAGGACGUAGCUAGGGACGGCGAGUCCAGAUUCCAGAAUCCAAUUUUGAGCGCGCUGGAUUCCAAAUUGGGCGGUUUAUUAGCUGAUGCCUCAUUCGAAGAGGACUUCACCGGAAAAGUUGGACAGUCAACGGUUCUCCGAAUUGCAGCUGGAAUUGGAUCCAAGAGAGUCGCCUUGCUCGGCCUUGGAGCUUCUGCUUCUGGUCCGGCCGCCUUUAAAAGCCUUGGCGAGGCUGUUGCUGCAGCUGCUAAGUCCGCUCAGGCUGCUCAUGUUGCUGUCGUUUUAGCUUCUUCUCAAGGACUCUCUUCCCUUAACACCGCCUCUGCAAUCGUCACUGGGACUGUUCUGGGAACAUUUGAGGAUACCAGGUACAAGUCGGAGUCGAAGAAAGCGUCCCUUAAAUCAGUUGACAUUAUUGGUCUCGGAACAGGGCCUGAAGUGGAGAAGAAACUCAAGUACGCAGGAGACGUUUCUUCUGGAAUCCUUCUUGGAAGGGAGCUUGUAAACUCUCCAGCUAAUGUUCUCACACCAGGAGUAUUGGCAGAAGAAGCAUCUACAAUUGCUUCAACAUUUAGUGAUGUUUUUACCGCCAAGAUAUUGGAUGCUGAACAAUGUAAGGAACUGAAAAUGGGGUCCUAUCUGGCUGUUGCUGCAGCCUCUGCAAAUCCUCCUCAUUUUAUCCAUUUGCAUUAUAAACCUCCAACCGGACCUGUCAAUGUCAAGCUGGCGUUAGUUGGAAAAGGUUUGACUUUUGAUAGUGGUGGCUACAACAUAAAGACUGGACCUGGCUGUAUGAUUGAGCUCAUGAAAUUUGAUAUGGGUGGAUCUGCUGCUGUUCUUGGAGCAGCAAAAGCUCUUGGACAAAUCAAACCUCUUGGAGUGGAGGUUCAUUUUAUAGUCGCAGCUUGUGAGAAUAUGAUAAGUGGAACAGGUAUGAGGCCUGGAGACGUUCUCACAGCUUCAAAUGGAAAAACUAUAGAGGUUAACAACACAGAUGCUGAGGGUAGGCUUACUCUAGCAGAUGCUCUGGUGUAUGCUUGUAACCAAGGUGUUGAUAAGAUAAUUGACUUGGCAACAUUAACUGGGGCAUGUAUAAUUGCUCUAGGACCCUCAAUUGCAGGUGCAUUUACACCCAGCGAUGAGCUGGCUAAGGAAGUUUUUGAUGCUUCUGAAGUGAGUGGGGAGAAACUAUGGAGGAUGCCAAUAGAAGAAAGUUACUGGGAAUCAAUGAAAUCUGGAGUUGCUGAUAUGGUGAACACUGGUGCUCGACAAGGUGGUGCUAUCACUGCUGCUCUUUUCUUAAAGCAGUUUGUUGACGAAAAGGUUCAAUGGAUGCAUAUUGAUUUAGCUGGUCCUGUUUGGAAUGAUAAGCAGCGUUGCGCAACAGGAUUUGGUGUAUCAACUUUAGUAGAAUGGGUAUUGAAGAAUGCAUCUUAA